AUGGCCAGAUUCACUCAGACUGAAACAAGAAGGCAGCACCAUCCACAGCAGCAGCCCCAGCCUCACUCCAGCCUGGUUUACACCGGACCGGGGGCUCCACCGACCCAACCACCACUGCUCCUCCUCCCUCAUCAGCACCAGUACCCUCAGAUCACAUCUCCGAAACCCAUGAACGGGUCAGAACCCAUUUCAAUUCAUCCGGAGAGCGGCAACAUGAAAGACCAAGAUGCCAUUAAGCUGUUUAUCGGGCAGAUACCGCGGAACUUGGAGGAGAAAGACCUGAAGCCUCUGUUUGAACAGUUUGGGAAAAUCCACGAACUGACAGUUCUCAAGGACCGGUACACCGGCAUGCACAAAGGUUGCGCAUUCCUCACCUACUGCGCCCGAGAGUCGGCCAUCAAAGCCCAGAACGCCCUCCAUGAACAGAAAACACUGCCAGGGAUGACUCGCCCCAUCCAGGUGAAACCGGCUGACAGCGAGAGCCGUGGAGAAGACAGGAAGUUGUUUGUGGGGAUGCUGAACAAACAACAGACCGAGGAGGAUGUUUACCGCCUCUUCGAACCCUACGGUGUCAUCGAGGAGUGCACGGUCCUAAGAGGUCCUGACGGAAACAGCAAAGGUUGCGCCUUCGUCAAGUUCUCCACACACACCGAGGCUCAGUCUGCAAUCAGCGCCCUCCACGGCAGCCAGACCAUGCCAGGAGCCUCCUCCAGCUUGGUGGUCAAGUUCGCCGACACAGACAAGGAGCGCACCAUCAGACGCAUGCAGCAGAUGGUUGGGCAGUUUGGCAUCUUCAACCCGGCCAUCGCUCUUCCCUUCAGCACCUACAGCUCUUACGCACAUGCGCUCAUGCAGCAGCAGGCAGCCAUCAUGGCAGCAAGCCACGGAGGUUACCUCACACCCAGCGUGGCUUUUCCCGCCACGCAGAUCCACCAGAUGGGGGCGCUCAACAUCAACAGCCUCCCACAAACCACCAUGACCCAGGUGUCGGGCCUCAGUUCUCCACCAGCCAACAUCAGCACGCCCAGCAUCGUCACGCCACUCGUCAACGGCUUCACCGGCAUCCCUCAUCAGCCCAACGGACACCCCGCGGUGGAGACCAUGUACACCAACGGCCUGCCGCCCUACUCCACCCAGAGCCCCACCGCGGCCGACACCCUCCAGCAAGCCUUCACCGGAGUGCAGCAGUACACAGCGAUCUACCCAGCCACCACGCUGACUCCCAUUGGCCAGACGCUGCCCCAACCACCCCAGGUCAUCCAGCAGCAGCAGCAGAGAGAAGGCCCGGAGGGUUGUAACCUGUUCAUCUACCACCUGCCACAGGAGUUUGGAGACAAUGAACUCAUGCAGAUGUUUCUGCCCUUCGGCACCGUCAUCUCUUCUAAGGUCUUCAUGGACCGGGCAACCAACCAGAGCAAGUGCUUCGGUUUCGUGAGCUUCGACAACCCUGCUAGUGCACAGGCAGCUAUUCAAGCCAUGAAUGGCUUUCAGAUCGGGAUGAAGAGGUUGAAAGUCCAGCUAAAGAGACCGAAGGAUGCCAGCCGCCCUUACUGACACAGCCUACCUUCAGUAUUCAUUGCAGCAGCACAGGUUUUAGAGGACACGUGAAGAUAUCUCGG